GCAGCAUAAGAAGAAGCCACUCGCCGCCGCGCUCUCUCGUCUUCCUCCUCACUCUCUCCAGCUUCCCUCUCCUCGAGCUCGAGAUCUCUUCCUCCUCCUCGAUCGCGUCCAUCCAUGGCGGCGGCCAAGAAGGAGAAGGAGGAGGAGGAGGAGGCGUCUAAGCUCCAGCUGAAGCCGGCGGGGAGCAAGGUGUUCUCCAAGCUGCUGUCCAGGGAGAGCGCCGCCGCGGCGCCGUCGUUCAGGGUGUACUACGGCGUCGCCUCCGCGGGCUCCGUGCCCUUCCUGUGGGAGUCGCAGCCGGGCACGCCCAAGAACGCCAUGUCCGACGCCGUGCUGCCGCCGCUCACGCCGCCGCCGUCCUACUACACCGCCGGCAAGGUGUCCGCCGGCGGCGGCGGCGGCGGAGGAGGAAGGAAGUAUGGGAAGCACGGCAUCCUCAGGUUGUUCGUGCUGCCCAAGAUCAGGCUGCGGAGAGGCGGCCGGCCGGUGUCGGGCUCGCCGACGUCGUCCUGCGCCUCCUCCACCUCGUCGUCGUCGUCGUCGGCCUCGUUCUACUCGUCGUACUCGCUGUCGUUCAGGAGCACGCAGUCGCCGACGUGCUCGUCGAUGAGGAGCCUGCAGGGGCACGGCGGCGGCGGCCGCGCGUUCGGGGACGACGACGACGAUGACGACGACGGCGGCGACGACGACAUGGCGGCGUCGACGGCGUGCUUCAGGGUGCGGCACGAGAGCUUCAGGGCCAUCAAGAACUGCCGCGUCGCCAUGACGGUGAGGAGCGCCAUCUCGUCGGUGGCCGCCGGCGCCGGCGCCGGCGGCCACGGCUCUAGCGCCGCCGUGGCGCAGAAGGCGGCGUAGCCUCUCCUCUUCUUGCCUCGUAGUUCACGCUGUCUGUCACUGUUACUCGGCUGCUGUUUCAACUUGGGGUGUAAUUUGCAGGUUUUAACAGUGUUCUAUUUACCAUAUGCAUAUAUAUGUGGCUUUUUCAUGGAGUGAUAUUUAUGGAAGAGUUUAAUUACUAUCACCAAAGUGUUAUAUGCUUAAUUAAUUAAGCUUGUAUGAAGUAUAUAUGGAGAAUAAUAUAUGAGCAUGCAUGGGUGUGCUAGAAUGGUAGAAUCUAUAUAAAUUGAUGCCCCUUGCAUUGCAGAUCAUGGCAUCUCCUUGGAACUGAUUUUGAAUCUGUAAAUUCUACAUAUUCAUGCAUGGUGUUAUAUUAUUUUCAUGUUUGCAAAAUUUGUAAUUUUUCCUUUGCACGCCUUGUAUGUUUAUGUAUACACGGCACAGAGGCUGGAAGAUUCUUCCACUAUAUUUAUGAGAAAUUUCGCAGUUCUUUAUAUUUAUGAGAAAUUUUAUAGGAGAAGGUACCUCAUUUUAUUGUAAAAUUCGGUAGCUCUAGUAUAUAUGAGGUAUCAAAAGGUACUAUUUUUUACACUAAAAAUUCAGUAGCUCUAGUAUAAGGUAUCAAAAGGUACUAACUUUUACACUAUAAAGUGAUAUAUUUAAAUAACUCUUAAGGAUCGUAAAAUUACUCUUUAUUUAUAUCGAUGUUUUUCUGCUUCUAUAUAUUUCUAAUAUCGUUACAUUUAUUUGCUAGGACAUGUUUCGAUUUUAUGGGAUGCCUACGAAGAGGACCAGCUACGUGUUAUUGUGCAUGCACUUAUUCUAGAACAGUGGUUUCCCCCUAGCUACUUGUGUCGUUGAGAAAUCAAUGCGGAUGGCCGCAGUGAUGAUUGAUUCUGAAUCUGAUCAUGAACAGAGACGCGCACAAUGACAGAGAGUAGCUAGGUUCCUAGAAACAUAAUUGAUUUUUCGGUACAAUUUUGUAGUUGUUUUUGACAUAUUUGAUAGUAGUAGUAUAUACCUUUUGAACA